ACAAAGUGACAGAGCGAAUUCAUGCUCAUGUGAUGGACUGGUGACUUCAGUUGCUAAAAGGAAGGACUCACAUGAUGACAAUUCCCGGAGUGAUAAAAAAUUGAGAUACUCAGGACCAAGCCUUCCAGAGGCCGUAUGGCAUCAUAUACAUUCUCUGCUUCCUCUACGAGAUGCUGCACGCGUUGCCUGCGUGUCUCAUUCGUUUCGACGUUCUUGGAGAUGUUUUCCCAAUCUCAGCUUAACUAGGGAAACACUGGGUUUGAAAGGCGGGGUCGACGGAAUAUCAUCUAAAAUAGCGCUUGAUCUUGCAAAGAGAACUGAACACAUUCUGAAAAACCACUCAGGCGUUGGCGUGAAGGCACUCAAACUUGAAAUACGUGAAUUUCCCUUUUUCAGCACCUCACGUGAUGAUCUCAAUCGUUGGCUUGGUAUUGCCGUUAGACCAGGGAUUGAAGAACUUUACCUGCAGCUUUAUUCAUCUCAUGCGGACGUGUACAACUUCCCAUGCACACUUUUACUUGAUGGGAGUGGCAAGUCGAUUCGGCACCUUCAUCUCGGUGAAUGUGCCUUCCGUCCCACGGCUGGAGUUGGCUUCUUAAGAAGCCUGACUAGUUUGGAACUGUAUGAUGUGCAUAUUACAGGGGAUGAGUUAAUGUGCCUUCUUUCCAGUUCAGUUGCUUUGGAGAAAUUGACACUAGUGUAUUGCCAUGAGUUGAUUUUCCUGGAGAUACCUAGCCUGCUGCAGCGGCUUAGCCACCUGGUUGUCCACGACUGCUUAAAUCUGGAAGUGAUAAAGAAUAAGGCCCCUUAUCUCUACAGUUUUGAAUAUAGUGGUGCCCUGGUACGACUAUCACUUGGUGUUUCAUUGCAAAACCUUGACAUUGAUGCUUCAGGGUGGGACGUUAUUCAUUAUGCUGGUGCCAAACUUCCAUGCAUGGUGCCAAAUCUUGAAGCUCUUAACAUACAUUCGUCUUAUGUGAGGGAUAUACUGGUGGUACCUGGCAAAUUCCUCCACCUCCAGCAUCUGUGUAUUGGGGCAUUUACCCCAGACUAUGAUUAUCUCUCUCUGGUUUCUUUUCUUGAUGCUUGUCCUUCCUUGGAGACUUUCAUAUUGUCUGCAGAGCCGGAUUGCAUGGAGCAAGAAUCAGGUUUAGGAUAUUCUUUUCAUGAUCUAAGGCAGAUGCCAGGACACAUGCAUAGGAACAUGAAGGAUGUGCAGAUCAUUGGUUUUUGUUCUGCGAAGAGCAUGGUUGAGCUGACAUGCCAUAUUCUUGAGAAUUCAAAGCUGCUUAAGUGCCUUAAACUGAGCACCUGUUACAAUGGUGAGAUUUUGUGUUCCUACAACAAUAAUGGUAAAUGUCUCCCGAUGAGUAGGGGUAUGAUGAUGGAAGCCCAUAAAGCUCUCUUGGCGGUGGAAAGAUAUAUUUUGGGGAAAGUUCCCUCAACCGUCGAGUUAAAAGUUGAGGAGCCUUGCAGCCGUUGCAAUGCUCUUGAAAUCUAGGGUAUGUUUGGCCUUUCUCUAGCUCUGAGCUUUGAUAGGGAUGCUCGUGGAGCAGGGCAAGACCGUGUCAGCUCGGAAUAUCAGGUGAUACCACCCCUUAAUUAAAUGCUCCCAUGAUCACAACUUUCAGAAAACAAGUUCAAUUUGUAAGUUGAUGAUGAAGCGUCUCAACCCUCAACAGAGAGGGCCGCGUGAUCUUAUAUUGAUAGCGAGAGGUUUCCCUCGAGGUA